UGGCCGGCGCUGGGGCCAGCAGCAGCAGACUGUCUGUGUAUCCGCCGCUUAGGAGCAGUCAGUGUCAGUGGUCGGUGCAGGCGGCUGUGGGCAGCGGACGUCUCCGGGCACCGGGCUUAUUAUCCGAUCCAACAUAAACAUGGCGUUUAGUAAAGGAUAUCGGAUCUUUCACAAACUGGAUCCUCCUCCCUUCAGUUUAAUGGUGGAGUCCCGAAACAAAGAGGAGUGUCUGAUGUUUGAGUCUGGAGCAGUGGCGGUCCUCUCCUCAGCAGAAAAGGAAGCUAUAAAGAGCACAUUCAGCAAAGUAUUAGAUGCCUACGGCCUUCUGGGUGUUCUGCGGCUAAAUCUUGGGGACACAAUGUCACAUUAUCUAGUGUUGGUAACCGGCUGUAUGUCUGUGGGAAAGAUUCAGGACUCUGAAGUUUUCCGUGUAACCUCCACCGAGUUUAUUUCCUUGAGAACGGAUCCAACAGAUGAAGAUCGUAUAUCCGAAGUCCGCAAGGUUCUAAACUCGGGCAGCUUCUACUUUGCAUGGUCUUCUAGUGGGAUUAGUCUAGACCUCAGCCUCAACGCUCACCGCAGUACGCAGGAGCAAAGAACCGACAACCGUUUUUUCUGGAACCAGGCUCUGCACUUACACCUAAAGCAUUAUGGCGUGAACUGCGACGACUGGCUGCUGCGCCUUAUGUGCGGGGGAGUAGAGAUCAGGACUAUUUAUGCGGCUCACAAGCAGGCUAAGGCUUGCAUUAUCUCCCGUCUGAGCUGUGAGCGAGCUGGGACCAGGUUCAAUGUGCGUGGCACAAAUGAUAAUGGCCAGGUCGCCAACUUUGUGGAGACUGAGCAGGUGAUUUACCUCGACGACUGUGUGUCUUCAUUUAUACAAAUACGAGGGUCUGUCCCGCUCUUCUGGGAGCAACCUGGUCUGCAGGUUGGAUCUCACCGUGUCAGGAUGUCUAGAGGAUUUGAAGCUAACGCACCAGCAUUUGACAGGCAUUUUCAGACGCUCAAGAGACUUUACGGCAGACAAGUGGUUGUAAAUCUCCUUGGGUCCAAGGAAGGGGAGACUUUGCUCAGCAAAGCCUUUCAGAGCCACCUGAAAGCCUCGGAGCACGUGUCCGACGUCCUGAUGGUGAAUUUUGACUAUCAUCAGUUGGUGCGAGGAGGAAAAGCUGAGAAGCUCCUCACCGUCCUUAAGCCCAAAGUGUCCAGCUUCCUGCAGGAGUGCGGCUUCUGUUACCUGGACAAAGACGGAGUUCACAGAACGCAAAGUGGCAGCAUAAGGACCAACUGCUUGGACUGUCUGGACAGGACCAACAGUGUCCAGGCUUUCUUUGGGCUAGAGAUGCUGUUCAAACAGCUGGAAGCCCUCGGCCUAGCAGAGAAGCAGCAGCUGGUCACCCGCUUCCAGGAGGUCUUCCGCUCCAUGUGGUCUAUUAAUGGAGACUCCAUUAGUAAAAUAUACGCCGGCACUGGAGCUCUAGAAGGAAAAGCCAAGGGCGGAAAGCUGAAAGACGGAGCACGCUCCGUAACUAGGACAAUACAGAGCAACUUCUUUGAUGGUUCAAAACAAGAAGCAAUAGAUGUGCUACUACUGGGAAAUACACUAAAUAGUGACUUGGCGGAUAAAGCGCGAGCUCUUCUGACCACUGGGUGUUUACAUGUGUCAGAACUCAUGUUGCAAUCAGCAUCUCCCAGAGUAUUACGGAGCAUGUGUGAGAAUUAUUACAGGUACGCCAAACCCAGGAAGAUCCGAAUCUGCGCUGGUACCUGGAAUGUGAAUGGUGGAAAGCAGUUCAGAAGCAUCGCUUUCAAGAAUCAAACCCUGACAGAUUGGCUGCUGGAUGCUCCUAAAAUAGCUGGUAUCCAAGAGUUCCAAGAUACGAGGAGUAAGCCAAUAGAUAUAUUCGCCAUUGGAUUUGAGGAGAUGGUGGAGUUAAAUGCAGGGAACAUUGUCAAUGCAAGCACAACCAACCAGAAGCUGUGGGCUGCCGAGCUUCAGAAAACCAUAUCCAGGGAUAAUAAGUACGUCCUCUUGGCUUCUGAACAGCUUGUCGGUGUUUGUCUCUUCAUAUACAUAAGACCACAGCAUGCACCUUUUAUCAGGGAUGUUGCAGUAGAUACUGUGAAGACCGGUAUGGGGGGAGCCACAGGAAACAAGGGUGCGGUGGCCAUCCGAAUGCUGUUCCAUACCACCAGUCUCUGCUUUGUCUGCAGCCACUUUGCAGCUGGACAGUCUCAAGUGAAAGAGAGGAAUGAGGACUAUAACGAAAUAGUUCGCAAGCUUAGCUUCCCAAUGGGGAGGAUGCUGUUUUCUCAUGACUACGUCUUCUGGUGUGGAGACUUCAACUAUCGCAUCGAUCUACCGAAUGAAGAGGUCAAAGAACUGAUCAGAAAUCAAAACUGGGAUUCUCUAGUUGUCGGAGAUCAGCUUGUUAACCAGAAGAAUGGAGGACAGGUGUUCCGUAGUUUCUUAGAAGGAAAAGUCAACUUUGCCCCCACUUACAAAUACGACCUGUUCUCCGAUGACUAUGACACAAGUGAGAAGUGUCGCACCCCAGCCUGGACGGAUCGUAUUCUCUGGAGAAGACGAAAAUGGCCGUUUGACCGAUCAGCGGAAGAUUUAGACCUUCUGAAUUCAAGUUUGCAAGAAGGGCGAAAUAUCUCUUAUACCUGGAAUCCGGGCAGCUUAUUACAUUACGGCAGGGCAGAGUUGAAAACCUCCGAUCACAGGCCGGUUGUUGCACUGAUUGAGAUCGAUAUAUUUGAAACGGAAGCUGAUGAGAGACAGAAGAUCUAUAAGGAGGUGAUUGCAGCCCAGGGACCACCUGAUGGUACCAUAAUGGUCUCUAUACAAAGCAGAUCCUCGGAAGAUAAUUAUUUUGAUGAUCAUUUGAUUGAUGAGCUGCUGCAGCAGUUUGCCGGCUAUGGAGAGGUGAUACUUAUAAGGUUUGUCGAUGCUAAAAUGUGGGUGACUUUUCUGGAAGGAAGUUCUGCCCUGGCUGCUUUAGACCUGGACGGUGUUGAGGUAUUGGGGAAAACUAUGAACAUUCAGCUGAAAAACCCAGACUGGAUCGCGCAGGUAGAGGAGGAGAUGAACCUGGAGAGGAUAAGCGUGGUGCUACCGUGUUCUACCAGCUCCACGCUACUUGGUGAAGAUGCGGAUAUCGCUGCAGAUUACGACAUGGAAGGUGACGUGGAUGAUUACAGUGCGGAAGUAGAGGAGAUCCUCCCUCAGCACUUGCAGCCGUCUUCAUGCUCCACUAUGGGUUCCUCCCCUAGUUCUUCUCCUCGCUCAAGCCCUUGUCCAUCGCCCACCAUGCCAGAGGGUCCGCCUCCUGCUCUGCCUGUACGGCCAAGCCGCGCCCCUGCAAAAACGCCGGGGCCCCCUGUGUCUUCCUCCCAAGGUUCUCCGGUGGACUUCCAGCCAAUAGUACAACAGAAGGAGGCUGCAGCUCUGGGUCUAGAACCUAAACGGCAACCUCCUCCCAGACCCGGCAUUCCACCGGCACGUCCAGCACCGCCACAGCGCCCCCCUCCGCCGUCAGGUGCUAGAAGCCCAGCACCAUCUAGGAAAGAGAUUGGAGGUGCAGGCUCUCCUCCCAGCCCAGGGGUAACACGCAGAGAUUCGGAAGUUCGAGGACAACUUCCUCCCCAGUCUGUAGCUCCAGCUGCUGCCGCCUGCGUUUCUGUCAGACCAACCAUUCCUCCUCGCGCCGGUGUUAUUAGUGUCCCCCAAAGCCAUAUUCGACCAACGCAAGCCCGGCCAACCAUGGAGCCACCAGUGAAAGCCGCUGCUGCCGAGCCUCCUAAAGUGUUUCCUUCUCUUCCUGAACCCAUGAAACCCCAGUUUGCAACUCCAAUCCAGCCCAGCCCUACCUCCCAGCCGCCCUGCCAAACACUGCCAGAGCCUCUAUUGCCUACAGCAUUACAUCCCACCACCCAAACACCCCCUCUGCAAAGCCUAGACCCGCCUCCCCAGGCGCCGCCUCGCAGCCGCUCCUCCCAGAACCUGCCUACAGAGCAAGUUAAUAACCAACAGAAUCCAACUAAUGGAGUCAGUGGCUUUAAAAGUCAUUUUGACAAUGAUCCUUUUGUGGACUUCUCAUUUGAUCAGCCUCCCGUUACAAAGCUGCUGACGUCCGUUCACAUAUCUUCUGUUUUAUCAUCGAAUCAAAAGGAGCCGGUUCUGUUGCCUUCUGCAGUGCAAAAUAACCUUUCUACCUUGAGUAAUAAGAGUUGCAUGUCUACACUGCCUCCGGUCCCGGCCCGUAGCAGGUCUCAAGAUGUUCCGCCGGUAUCGCCCAAUCCGUUUCUGAACAAGGCGAAUACUUUCUCGGCAAACCCAUUCACUGAGAGAUCGGCAAAUGCAGGAAACCCAUUUAAUACACCAAACGCCUCACUAAGUGCUCCAACAUCGCUUUCAACUGGCCUGUUCGAUCAAUUUCCCCAACAGGGCAGGCCAAUGUUUAUGGUGGGUCCGGCUGAAAAAAGUCUUUCAUUACCACACAAUUUUUCCGCAAUGCCAGAACCUAAUCCAAAAGGUUGGGUGACGUUUGACGAAGACAACUUUGCCGGUAAAGUGGACAGUUCACUCAUCAAUGGAGCGGAAAUGGACGGGAUCAGUUCACAGAACAGCUUUCAGCACUCCAGACUGGACAACAACCGCAACGCAAUCCCGGAUGGUUCAAAUUAUACCCUAUCGCUAAGGAAGCCCCCGCCCCCUCCACGUGUCCCUUCAAGGACAAAACAUGAACCGCUCUCGGCAAAACCAUCAACUUAUUCAUCACCAAGUCUAGACUUCACCGAUCGGUAACCUGGGCUUGGUGCUCUCUCUCUCUCUAGUGUGCAAUACGUUUAGUCGAUUAUGAAAUACAUCGCUACUUAAUGUAACCACUAUUUAAUGUAUCUCAUAAUACAUUUUUGUGCUUUAUAUGGGCAAUAUUUUUGAAGAUGUUGUUUUUUUUUUUCCUCCUGUGCUUCAGCAUAAUGUAAAUGUGUGUGCUAUAUGGAAAAACCAUGAAAACUGUCAGGCGAGUGCAUAGGAUGUGGUUCGAUUUGUUUUGGGGGUUUUUUUUUAUGGGGGGGUGUAUGUUUCUGCCUUCGUUUAAAAAUGAAAGUAUGCAUUUGUUUUGGGGAAACCUGUUUAGAUCAUUGAUGUUUACUGUUAUGGCAAUGAAACCACUAUACAAUAGGUAAAGGGGGAGACUGAGGCCGAGGCACAAACCAUUUCUUUUUAUCCACUGACUUGAACAGAAACCAAAUAUGUUGAUGGAGGAUAUAUUGUACUGUAGUUUGAAUAGGUGUUUAUUGUUUUAUAUUUGACAUGGGAGAGAUAUAGAGGCAAAAGUGGCCUAAGGUAUGUUGUACAACUACAAGUACUACCAUGCCUUGGUCUGUACUUUCACAAUAGCUGGAGAGCCAUAGAUUGCUUUACCACUGGAAAUAGGACAGAGUAAGCAAAAUAAAAGCAUUGUAAUAGAAGUCCAUAUAUCCCAAGGAAUCAAUGUGAUUUCCCCUACUGCUCAAUAGGAAUUACACACAUGUAGCAGGUAGUCAGGUAGAGUUCGUGGUGGCUUAUUUUUCCCCUUGAGUGGGAUAAAUCUGCAAAAGCUAGUUCAAAGAAAAAGUAAUGACUCUAUUAGUAACCAAUCGGCUUGUUUGUCAGUUUUUAGGCUGGUUUAGAAGAUGAAAUCAAACGUCUUAUUGGUUGCUUUGUAAAAUAUAAUUAUUUUUUUUUCCUUUUGUACCAGCUUGCGCCAACUGUUCCUAAUGUGUUUUAAUAAGCUGGGCUUAUUUAGUAACAUGGUGCAUUGCCUACAAAUGUGUUUCUUGUGGCUCCUUGAUGUAGCUACCUCUUUGCAAGCAACCGCACACUCCUAUAAAGGGAAAUACCGUAUGUACACUGCACAGUGCCAGGACUUAUGUGAAAUAACUGAAUCUGGGGGGAAGUUAUAUUAUCCUCAAAUAUUGGCGUCGAUUCAAUUCCCCGACAGUUGAAUAGCGCCGGAAAUUAGCUCUUGGUGCUAUUCAAUACAGCGCCAAGUGACACUCAAUUGUCUGGAAUACUUCUCUCACCCCCCGGGGGAUGCGAGAGGAAGUCCGACAAAAGUGCUGCCGCAAGGCUGAUUCUGUCGGGAAUCAGCAUCACCCCGGGGAGUUAAGUUGGAGAAUGCCCGUUCUCCCGACAACUCAACCUGUUAAGUCCGGGAGAACGGGCAUUCGCCGACUUAACAUGAGCUGAAUUGAAUAACGACGGGAGCUAAUUCCCGGCGCUAUUCAACUGUCGGAGAAUUAAAUCAACCCCAUUGUACACCUGAAAUCAAAAGGCACAAUACAUAAUACUGGUCAUUAAUUGUUCCAUAAAUGUGCAAUAAAGUAUUAUUAGUGCUACCUAAGAACUAGUGAGUUGUGCCUGGCAAAACAUCCUGGGAGUUGUAGUUCUACAGUAGCUGGCGAAACUCUGAUCAUGUGUAGACCUAAAUCUAUAGAUUACAGAAUGAGUCCUUUGAUCAUGUGGAAUGACAUAUAGGAAGUGUGAUUCCCCACAAUGUAUCCCUCAGCCAAAUAUUGUACAAUUUCUUAUACUAACCUUUUCCGCUGUAUUGACUCGUUACAGUCCAUUUAAUUUUAUGUAUUUGCAUUUGUAAAGGACUUUUUAUUUUAAUGGAUGGAGGUUAAAUGUGGAAAAUGUUGGGGUUUAUUUUGCAAAUAUAAUUGUUAUCCUAUAGAAAGAAAAGGAGGCAGCACUUGGAUUCCGUGUACAGACCUGGUCAUAAAGGGGAAAAAACUAAAUUGCUCCAAUGCGCACCAAUACUGGGAAAGUAAAUUAGUCCGAUAUUGCUGGUGAAGCUUUGUAAUGGAUAGGCUGAAAAGAUGCACAGAUGGCGUGCAAGAGAAUUGUAUAAGAACUGGGACCAUCUACCUUGACGCGUUUCGCUUUCUAUUGAAAGUUUCUGGGGUUUUUAGCAUGGUUAUCCUGUAUCUAAGUAAGCAAACUUUUUAUAAAGUAUUUCUUCUUACUGUAAUAGGCAUAUUCAGUUAUGUGCGGUUUGAACGGACUAGUGUGGAAAGCUACUUGGGCCAAUUAAUUCAAACCAGCUGCUGAUCAAUAUGUGACAGUCAUUUAGCUCAGGACUAAGAGGACCAAAAUGUAAUACAGGUAGUUAGUUAGAUACAAUGGAUCUUACAGCCUGUAGGAAAGGAGUUAUAUUUGCAAACAAAACCCUACAUUGUUAAUGUACAUACCUUCUCUGUACAAGUUGAGUCUGCGUGGUUUAUUAGGUUUGUUUUCUCAUCUACAGUUCUCAAAACUAGGAUUCGAAAGAGGUUUUAACAAUACAAAUAUUGAACUUUAUCAUUUCUGACAUUAUACGGUUAAAUGCUUUUUUCUCUCUCAGAUUAUGGGGCUAAUUCAGGUUGAAUAGCAAAUUCAGCAGAAUUUGCUAUUCUUUGUAUCGCAUGCUGAGGGCCGUCCAUCACAGGGCAAGGCCGCCCAGCAUGCUGACCGGCGCCUCCCCCAGAUGAUCAAGCAGAAAUUGCGGAGCAUUCGCAAUUUCUGCUUGUUAGCAGAAACUGUGGGAGCCUCCUGCCGGUGCAGCUUAGCUGCGGCCACAGGAGACUCCCCGCCAGUUUCAUGAUCGCAGCGGCUGCGUGUGACAUCACGCAGCUGCCGUGUUCACGUCUGCAACACGCCCCCUGUUCGUCGUCGUCCACCCCCCCCCCCCCCCCCCCCCCCGCAGAAAAUGCGGGUGCAUGCGCAGGAGAAGUGCGUGCGCAGGAUGGUCACUGCGCAUGCGCCCGCAUCUUUUCAACAAAAAUUCCAGUUGGAUCGCACACUACAAUCCAACCUGACUUAGCCCCUAUAUCCAGUAUCCUCAGAUCACUUCCCUACAGGAUCCCAGGGGAAAAUGGUGAAUGUUUUUAUUUGUUUGUUUGUAUUUUUUCACUGUGACAGAUUUACUCUGUGUAAGCAAGUCAUUAAUAUUAAAUACACACUAGCGUGCUCCAGGGUUUACAAGGUGUAUAUAACAAGUUGGAGCCGAUAUACAACAAUUGCACUUUAAUUUCCUCAUCACAUUUCCAAAUAUUGUAUUUCACUGGAUAGGUAUAGUUCAUAAUAGUUUCAGUCAUGCACCGGGUUCCUCUCCCAAUAACUCCAUUUUCAUCCAAAAUGUUACUACUUGCCUUAGAAAAAUGUGCAAUUCCGGUUUUGGGUAGUUAGAAAUGCGCAACUCAUUAAAGCAGCCAUUUUGUUGGGAGACUGACACUCACCCAUUUACUGAAAUAUGAAUGUUGGUUCAGACCACAAAAUGGCUGCCUCUAUCUUGUGUUGACUACAGGUUCACUUUAAUGUUGGAGAUGCGAAGUCUACUUACUUUUUUUGGUACAGAUGAUACAUUGCUAAAUAUACUGUGUGGUAUAAUUAGGCUGUCAUUCAUAUUAGUACACCGUACUGUUAUCUGGUCUGAAUUGUGUUGUAGAGUAGACGUGAGGAAUGCCAUUUGCAAAUAUUUACAGGAAUAAAUGCUUAAUAUGUUCUGAUAUAUACGGAUUAGUGACCAGUAUUUAUGGGGUGUAAUAACUACGGGCUGCAUACAUACAUAUAUACAUUCCUGUACAAAUAUCAUUUAUAGGCCAGGUCAUACAAAUAGCUCUAGGAACAUUUCGGGGAGUCCGAUUUUCCAUCUGGAUGUCCAGUGUUAACGUAGUCAUUAUAUUAAUCGAAACAUGUUAAAGCCGAUUAGACUAUUUAAAACAUGUACACAGGAUAAAAUAUCAUGUAGGUAACUCAGAGGAUGUUUAAACAAAAUAAAACCUUUAUAUAGCAUGGAUAGACCUUUUAAUAUAUUGAACAGUUACUAGAUUUUUAAGUGGUAUAAUUAUGGAAAUACUAUAUUGCAAAUAAGGGUGAGAGGGAUAUACUGCUUUUUUUUUAAUUAUUGUGCGGCUGUUGAAUUGUACAGUUUAUAGAAAAGUGUUUAAAAGAUGCGGACCGGAAUGACUGAGGAGAGCGGCGUCUGUAUAUGGGAAUCGGUUUCUGUUAAUACGAUGUUGUACAAUUGGCCAUCUAUGUUUGUCUCACACGAUCUCUAUGAACUUUGCUUAUACACAUUUAUUCCAUCUGAGAACUGCAAUGAGCCUUGGUUUUUGCACAUACAGAAAAGUGAUCAAAAAUAUGUUACAUCAUAUUUUAUACAGUGUAAAUGUAAACGCAAACUGAAGGUUAUAAUUUAGGGGUCUAUUCAUGAAGCAGUGAAAAGAGCGGAGAAACAGACCAGUGGAGAAGUUGCCCAUGGUAACCAAUCAGCAUCUCCCUUACAUUUUAUAGAAUGUACUUGAUAAAGGCUUCCUUUUAAAGCUGAUUGGUUGCCAUGGGCAACUUCUCCACUCUUUUCACUGCUUCAUGAAUAGACCCCUUAAUUAGAAAAACCUUUGUAUAGAAGCACAGAUGAUUCAUUUUACUCCAACUAUUCAAAGUGUUUGGAAUUUGUCUUCAAUAGGCAACAGCCGCUCUGCUGCUGUGUCCCUGUCGCCUAGACAUCGAUGGCAGACAUUUUGUGGGUUGAACCAUUAUUCUUUAAUGCAGCUUAGCAAAUUGCUAAUCAUGUCAUAUUUCCCAGUGAGUUGUGAGGCCACAGUCUUUACUGAGUAUUGGUUUAGCCCUCCAAGAAAAUGGCGGCCAGCAAUCUGUAUGUGUGUAAGUGAUCUGUACAAUUGGUGGCUAUCUAACCCUCUACGUCUUAUUGCAGAAUCUUUUACAGAGUAUUCUGCUACUGACAUAGUGCACAUCUCAAGUUGGUCUAAACUUUACUGUUUUCUGUACUGUAUAAGGAAAAAAUGUACUUUAUCUGAAAGCUGUGUCAUUGAUGAAUCUCCUGUAAAUCUUACAUUGCUUCUUUAGUACAUGUAUGAGAUUAUAUACAGAACAGUUCUGCAGUAUUACAUUAUCGAUACUCCGUAACCUGUGCACAGUCCUGUGAAAUGUGGUGUGAUGUUGAAAUAAUAAAAAAAAGAAAUAUAUAUAUAACACAAA